AUGGGGGUCGUGGAGGUGGGGAGGAAAGGGGGAGCGUUCCCUUGGGCUCUGCCGCAGCCGGUUGCUCGGGCAGGUCUGGGUCCUAGGAAGAGUCUGAGUGAGUGGUGUCUGGGAUGCUGUAAUGUAUCUCAUAUCCCCUGUGACUCCCCCUCUCUACCACAGGGUGCCUUUGGCAGAUGCUACAAACUGACUGACAUGUCUACCAAUCGAGUGUUUGCCCUCAAGGUGGUGCCCUGGGGUAGACUCAGUGGGCCAGACCAGUGGGGGAAGAGGGGGCCACCUUCCCACCGACAAGUGGAACGAGAGAUUGAGCUCCACAGCCAGCUUAGGCACAGAAAUGUGGUUGGCUUCCAUGGACAUUUUGCUGAUCGAGACAAUGUCUAUUUGGUGUUAGAGUACUGCAGCCGCAAGUCCUUGGCUCAUGUCCUGAAGGCCAGGAAGACACUGACCGAGCCUGAGGUACGCUACUACCUCCGGGGCAUUGCAGCUGGCCUACGUUACCUCCACCAGCAGGGUAUCAUCCACAGAGACCUCAAGCUCAGUAACUUCUUCAUUACCAAGAACAUGGAGGUGAAGAUUGGAGACUUGGGACUGGCUACAAAAGUGGGGCCAGGGGGGCACUGCCAUGGGGGACUGUGUGGGACGCCCAACUACCUGGCCCCAGAGGUUGUCUCCCGAAAGGGUCAUUCCUUCCAGUCGGACAUCUGGGCUCUUGGCUGCAUCAUGUACACGGCACUGACGGGCUUCCCCCCCUUCAAGGCCAGCCCGCUGCCUGAAAUGUAUCAGAACAUCCGGGACGCCCGCUAUCCUGUGCCCGGCCACCUCUCAGCCAAUGCCCGAAGGCUCAUCGCCCGCCUGCUGGCCCCCAACCCCGCCGACCGGCCCAGCCUCGACCAGGUCCUGCAGGAUGACUUCUUCACCCAGGGCUUCACUCCAGACCAGCUGCCUCCACGCUCCUGCCACACAGCCCCUAUCUUCACCAUCCCCCAGCCCUUGGACAAACUCUUUCAGAAGGCCACCCAACUGUUUCUGGCCAUGGCCCAGCGCCGAGCCCCACGAUCAUUUGUCCCAAAGAUGCCAACAACCCCAGCCCCAGAGGACCCCCAGAAGACUCCCGGGGAAGCAGACAAUGAGGGUCUUUCUCAUUCUCCCCACAAGUUAGAAGCCCCUGAGGGAGAAACUGAUCCCCAAGUACCUUACCCAGAGAUCCCUAUCCACCUACUCCUACGGAGGAGCCUUAGGAGUCACCCACCUGGCACAGAAGAGUCGCCAGGAUUCCCAGGUGAUGGGGCUGAGGUGGCUGCCAGGCUCCUGAAGAAUUGUCUGGAUUUUAUGCCAGCAGGGGAGCAAGACCCCCCCGGGCAGCAGCAGCCUGUACUGUGGGUCACCAAGUGGGUGGAUUACUCCAACAAGUACGGCUUUGGCUACGAGCUGUCCGACGGCAGCACCGGGGUCCUUCUCCGGGACGGCACCCACAUCUCUCUCCGGCCCGCCCUGGGGUGCAUCAGCUACUGCCCGGCUCAGGGCGAGGUGGCGACCUUUUCCUGGAGGGACAUCCCCGACUCCCUGGGCACCAAAGUGGCCGUGCUGCAGCUCUUCACCCGCUACAUGCAGCGCUGGCUGUUAGAGGGAGGGGCUGUGCCCAGCCAGCCCGGCCUCAGCCCUGGCCCCGGCUUCUCCCUGCUCCAUUUCCUCAAGUCAGACCAGGCCCUGCUCCUGCUCUUCAGCGAUCAAACGAUGCAGGUCAACUUCUACCACGACCACACCAAGCUGCUGCUGAACUGGGCCGGAGAAGAACCUCUGCUCACCUACAUCGACCCGGAGCGGCUGGCCACCUCGCAUCCCCUGAGCAUCCUGCAAGGCCACGGCUGCAGUGAGGCCCUGCGCCAGCGCCUCCACUACACCCUCCACCUGCUGCAGGCCUUCUAGCACCCCUUCCUCGGCCCUCUGGGAUGCCAGGGUGGGAGGCGGGGGUCUGCGGGGUGUCCAGGGAAGGCCGCUGAGCACCUGCAGCUGCCCAAACCCCAAAGAUGCGAAGCCAAGUGGCAAGAGGGAAGACUGCAAGUAGAGGAGAUACGGUCACCCAGGGACUAAGGGAGCAAAGGGCCCAGGGGGGACCGAGGGUCAUCGGCAGGUUGGGUGGGAUCCAGGGAGAAGUGGAAAAGAGGAGAGCUGAGGAGGGGUGGCGUGGAGAAGAGGAUGAAUUUGGGGCAUGCCAGGUGUGAGGAGAAUUCUCUGGAAGAGAAUUCUUGUCCUCUAGGCCAAACCCUUCAUUUACUAGAUGGGGAUACCGAGGCCCAGAGAAGAGAAAGGACUUGGCUAAGUUCACAGAGUGGAAGAACCAGGAUUAGAACCCAGGACUUCUCACUCUCAGUCCACUGCCCCAUUCCCUAUCCCACACUGUCCAACCUCCAGGAUGAGCUGGAGCAAAAGACAAAAAGGAGGGGCAGAAGUGAAAGAAGAAGAGCUGGAGUCAUUUCCUUUGGCCACUGAGGUCCAUAUGAAGCCACACAGACAUGGCAGUCCCCCAAAGCUCGGUAUGACCUUAGGCUGUAGAAGGAGAAAGCAUUGAGAAGGAAGAAGGCAGGAGAGAAGUGCCUCCUGCCCUGGUCGGACCUCUGGAGGGCGGUGUUCUGAUUUAGGGAGGACAUUGACAAGUUGGAGUGGAUCUGAAGGAUGGCCGGCCAAUCCGGAGAGGGGAUUGGAAAUCGUGCCAUGCCAAAAUCAGUGGAAGGAACUUGGGGAGGUUAGCCUGGAGAAGAAGAGACUCAGCGGGGGCAAGGGUGGAAGAGACAGGACGGUUGGUUUUGUUUUUGUUGUUCCAAAUAUCUGAAGGUCUGGCAUGUGGAAGAGGGAUGCUUGCUUUAUUUCAGACUCUGCUUGACCCUGGAGGGCAGCACUAGGAGCACUGAAUGGAGGUGGCAGGAAGGAAAUGGGGGAGAAAUCUGUCCCACCAUGACAUGGUUUGCCUUGAGUGCAGGGAGCACCCUGUCUCGGUCAAACUGCCAUUAGUCGGGGAUGUCACAGAUUCGGGUUGCAGGGAAGCCCCUUCCCACUCUUGUGACUGAUUAAAUACUCAGUUUGGGCUGAGAAGAGAUGAUGGGACAGGGGUCUCAGCGGCUGGAUUUGGCCUGGGGUAGGCAAGCGAAGGCCAAAAGGUCCAGGUGGGAGCUGAAAUGGGGCAGGGGAAUCCUGCAAGGUGGCCACCGUGCUGGACUGAGCUCCUAAAUGGUCUUUUUCAUUAAAGGAAAGAGCUGGUAUUGGAA